AUGCGACAGUUGAACCACAAGAAUGUGGUGGAGCUGAUUGACUUUAAAGAGACCAAGGACCACUAUUUUAUUGUGCUGGAGCUGAUUCCAGGCGGUGAGCUGUUCCACCAGAUCGUGCGGUUGACGUAUUUUUCAGAAGACCUGGCGCGCCAUGUGAUAGUACAGGUGGCCGAGGCGGUUCGGUAUUUGCAUGAGGUGGCUGGCGUGGUUCAUAGAGACAUUAAGCCUGAGAACCUGCUGUUUUACCCUAUAGAUUUCAUUCCGUCGAAAAAUAAGACCAUUCGUAAGGGCGAAGACGAGUCCAAAGAGGACGAGGGCCAGUUUGUUCCGGGACUGGGCGCGGGCGGCAUCGGCGUGAUCAAACUGGCUGAUUUCGGGCUUUCAAAGGUCAUUUGGGACUCGAAAACAAUGACUCCUUGUGGAACCGUUGGUUAUACAGCUCCGGAAAUUGUUAAAGAUGAACGAUAUUCAAAGAGUGUAGACAUGUGGGCUCUGGGAUGUGUGCUAUAUACAGUUUUGUGUGGAUUUCCUCCAUUUUACGAUGAGAGCAUUGAAGUUCUGACUGAAAAGGUCGCCAAGGGCCAGUACACGUUUCUCAGUCCUUGGUGGGACGAGAUUAGUGCUGGAGCUAAAGAUUUGGUCAGUCAUUUGUUGACAGUGGAUCCUGACUCGAGAUAUACCAUUGAUCAGUUUUUACAGCACCCGUGGAUCACAGGAGCUACAUCACGCCAUGCCGGGCCUGCAGCAGUGGCAGCAGCUGCUACGGCUAGUACUGGUAUAGUUGGAUCGACUGGAAACAGUCUUGGCGUGAUUCCCGAGAUUAAGUUUACUGGAUCUAAUAACAGUGUAGGUACUGCUACCACCGAUAUUACCAUGAUCAACGCGGUUCCUGAGAGAUCGCAAGCAGCAUCUGCCUCGACUAAAGAAUUCCCCACGCCAGUAGUGGCUACAUUGAAGGAAGUGUUUGACGUGUCGAAUGCUGUUCAUCGGAUGGAAGAAGAAAACGCUCGAAACAAUAGAUGGAAGGGUAGAUUCCAAGAUAACUUGCUUGAAGAAGAAGAAGAAGAAGAAGAAGAGGAAGACGACACUGCCGGACAUGGCAGCGUCACUCAUAACGAGUAUACUAUGGAUGUAGAGCCUGCAUAUAACGAUCCGUCACUAGACGGAGUUGAGCAGAAACUGCAGCGAGUAUCAGUGAGUAAAGCUGUUCCUAUUUCCACGACAUCUUCGAAGACCAAAGCCAGUCAUGCUGUACCACGAUCGUCGCGAAAGCCUCAUAACCAUCAACAUCAUCACGGACCGCUGGCUACUGGCGGUCUUUUUGAACUUCAUCUGGAAGGAGCUACUUUAAUAGAGAGGAGAAAACGGGCUGGCAAACAGCCACCCAUUACUCACUCGCUAGUUACCUAA